AUGUCUGAUGAAAAUAAUGAACGACAACAAGAUUCAUUUGAUUUGCACAUUCAAUCACCAGUACAUGAAUCAACAAUAAUUGAUGUAGUAGUUACUCGUAUACAAGAUGAUUCAUUUCAAUCAUCAUCAUCAUCAAAUUCAAAAAGUAGUUCAAGUACAACGAGUCGUUCAUCACGUCGUCAAUUU